AUGGCUUCUCUUGGAAAUCCAAAAGCUUGGGUUCCAUAUAUGAACAACAAAGAUUGUUCUCAAGGUUUUUGUAGCUUGUAUUGUCCGCAAUGGUGUUAUGCAAUCUACUCUCCACCUCCACCUUCUCCUUUUGAAUUCCCUGAUGAUGAUUCAAGUUCAAAUUUCUCUCCUCUUGUUAUUGCAAUCAUUGGAAUCUUAGCAAGUGCUUUUCUUCUUGUCACUUACUACACCAUAAUCUCCAAAUACUGCGGCCGAAGAGUAUCAUCGUCACAAAGCGAAUCACGCGAAACAAACGAUGAAUUAGAAGACAAUCAUCAUCAUCAUAACCAUUCAAUCCAUGAACCAUGGCAUCUUACAACAAAUGGCUUAGAUGAAGCUUUGAUUAAAUCAAUUACAGUUUGCAAGUACAAAAAGAAUGAUGGAUUGGUUGAUGUAACAGAUUGCUCCGUUUGUCUCAACGAGUUUCAAGACUAUGAAAGUAUUCGACUUUUACCUAAAUGUAGCCAUGCUUUUCAUCUUCCUUGUAUUGAUACAUGGCUCAAAUCUCACUCAAAUUGUCCUCUUUGUCGCGCUACCAUAUUCGCCUUCAACGCUUCAAGUUCAAGUGCAACAACACUUCAUUUAGCAGCACCGGUUAUUGAACAAUCUUCAAGGAAUGAAGUUUCUUUAGAAAAUCAACACUUGAAUGAAAUUGUAGAUUUUGAAAGAGACAAUGAAUUGCAUGAAGUGGAAGAAGUUCCAAUUCCAAAGACUGAAUUUCGCGCUUUAAGUGAUUUAGGAAAUUUAAGAGGAAGGCAUAGUGUGAUUGAGAUUAGAGAUAAUGGAGAUUACCAUGAAUCGAUUCGAAGAUCGGUUUCAAUGGAUCAUUCAUUUCAAAGUGGUAUUUCAGUUGUUGAUGAUGUUAAUGUUAUGCAUAUGAAUCAAGAGCAUGAUUCUUCACAAAUUGAAGGUUCAUCAAAGAGAGUAAGAGAUGAAAGUGAAAGUAGUAAGUGUAGUUAUAGAAGAAAGGUUUUGCAUUGUGUUUUGAGUCCAAUUGCAAUGAAGAGAUCAUUUUCAAGUGGAAGAUUUUUUCUUAGUAGAACUAGUAGAGGAAGGCUUGGAAUUUUGCAUGUUUGA